CUCGCCCCUCCACCACCUCCGCCGCCGCACUGCGGACCCUUUACUGAACUCUGCUAACUUUUCAGUAAAGGGAAAGCAACUGCAUAAGUAUAGGUCCCCUCCGCUCCUUCCGAUCACCCCCGUGUCUCGCCAUCUUCGCACCUUCAAGUGCACUCAAGUCAAGUGCCAGCUUUCACUGUACUCCCACCCUCGACCACUCGACUCUCGAGGGAGCCCCCAAGCAUGCACAUUCCAUUCCAACUGUCUUAAUACCCCUCUGCUAGCCUUUCCUCCUCCGCCCACCAUGGCCGAGGCAAACGGUAGGCUAAGCAGUGAGCCCCCAUCAUCAUCCUCUUCUGACUUUUACAACACCGCCGUGCAUGAGUCACGUGCUACUGCUGCUGCUAUUCUCCCGGUGUCAUCAACUCCACAGCUGGACACCUCGGCCAAUGAUGACAAUAGCCACGACGAUGGCGCCGGCAACGACUCUGGCUCCGAGAUGGAGCUCUCCAAUGGAUCUCCAACCCCCGAGCCUACCAACCCUCCUGCACAGCACGCUGGUUCCAAGCGUAAGCUUAGUGAAGGCACGACCCUUCCAGACUCCGACCCCUCUACUACCCAGGAUGAUGCUGCAAAGAAGCGCAAGCUAGCAUCCCGUGACCUUCCGCUGGAGUACUGGCAGCGGAUCUUCACCCAUCUGUCCCCCGUCAUGCUUUCACGCUGUCUACGAGUAUGCAAGACCUUCUACCACGGUCUGAUGACGACGAAACCUGGCCCCGUCCCCGGCAUGAAGCCGUACCACAUCCGUUUCCUGGACAGCAAAGCCAUUUGGACGCAUGCCCGCAAGACCUUCUUCCCCAAUUACCCAGCCCCCCUCCCUCACCACACCGAAUUGGAGAUGCUUCAGCUCGUCGGUGGCACGACUUGCCACUUUUGCGGCCGCCGGGGCGAUGAAUCGCACUCCAAAGGUACCUUCGCAAUGGGCCCGGGUGCUGAAGGGGUCCGUGUGAUCUGGCCUUUUGCUAUUCGCACUUGUGGUCGUUGUCUCGGGGAAAAUACACUAAAGGACGUGGAGAUCCUUGUCUCUCAAGCCUCUACCCUUCGCCUCGGUCUGCCUUAUAUCUUCUUGACCCCGGACUCUCACUACAUCCCUGAUAUCCAACGCCAUCAGCCUGGGGGAAUCCCAUCCAAUGUGCGGGUCUCCAAAGUAUACUACAAGCAGGACGUCGACAAUAUUAUCGCCGAGGCGAACGACGCCAACCAGCUGGGACAAGGUGCAGUCGAUGAGUGGCGCAAAGGCCUCGCUGCUCGGGGUGCCCAGCACAUGAGAGAUGCUGCCCGCUGGGAAAACUGGGAUGCCGCGCACCCGCGCAUGGAUCUUCCUCAGAAGCUCAGGGAGUACGAUCUCACAUCUUUUCCCCGUCUUUUCGCAAGCGCUCAACCCAGACAUGCCGUGGGAGGACACGUGAACGCAUCACAUCAGCCACAGCUACCUCCGUUUCCGCCAGGUCCAACUCCCUUUGUCCCUUUGACCCCAGGGUACCCAAGUGGUUUCGGAGCUGCCCUUCAGCCAUUCCAGCCCCCCUUGCAGCCGGUUUCCAGACCGGUCCGCGAUUUGCACGAAGUCGAAGCCAUCCGUCAGGCUCGCAAAUUGGACAUUGAGCGCCGGUGUAUGGAAUUUGAGCCCCCAUUGGAGCCGAGCGUUCUACAGCACAUGAAGUCAUUCCAAGAUACCAUGCAGAUUACGGCUCCAAUGAACGACUCCGCAUGGGCCGUGCUUGAACCUCUACUCCUUGCUCAGAGAGAGGCUGCUGAACUGGUUGAGCAUCAGAGACAGUUUCGCUUGGCUGCACUGCAGUCGGCCAGGCCCAAUGCAGAUGCAGAGCAUACCAAGCCUUCCAAGGAGCUCGACGACAAAGACUAUGAAAAGAAGCAGGAGCCGCUGCGCAAGAGGCUCGGUGAGUAUGCUGAUGAAUGCAUAUCCGGCCAGUGGAAAGGAGGGAACCAAUUGCACAAGGAUAACGCCCCGGCCUUUGCGGUCAGUGUCUUGGAGCACGUACAUUUGCGAUAUCUGGAGCAGAAGAAAGCCGGCUUGUUGCCCUCCACGGAGACAUCGUCCAGACCCGGGCGUGGACAAGGCACCCCAGCCCCGGAGCCCUUCCUAUCUCUGGACAACAUGAAGUGGGUGUUUGAAAGCAAGAUCCGGCCCCUGACAGAGGCUCGUCGUCGAGAGCUGUUCGUUUGCGCAGAUUGUCCGGAGGAGCGCGCCCCUAAGUGGUUCGCCUUUGAAGGACUGAUGCAGCAUUACGGAGCCAAGCACACCACGGCGUUUAGCCAAGGGAACAUUGUCGUCCAUUGGACCACCUCGGAAUGGCCGGAGGAGCCCCCGUUCCAUCAAUAUCCGACACGCUUCAUCGCGGCCGAGAAGAAGGCCUCAGACCACAGGAAUCAUGGCCGUCCGAGGAACACCCCUCAAACACACGAGGACAGUUCUUUCGCGCCCCCAGCGACUUCCAGGCUCUUGUCAGAGAAUCCGCUUUUCUCAAAUUCCCAAUCUUCUGCGCAGGCAGAUCACGGGCAUCAAUCUCAUCACUCAAGCCAUGCUACUACCCGAGUCUCAUCGCAAGGUCAUCUCCAUGCGCCAGGAGGACCGGCUGAAGCCGCUAAUGGCACGAACGCGUCCUUGCAAGUUGACACGUUCUCGAAGUUCGCCCGUGAAGUGUGGGAUAUGCUGGAACUGGCCAAGCCUCCGGACUUCUAUGACUGCGUCCAUGUUCAAGUUGUCCUCUACCAUGCUGUCGCACGCUUCGCGGCUGUAUUCGGGUACACGCCAUCUUUGGACCUGGUCACGGAGGCGCUAGCCACCAACAAGCAGAUGAUGCCCGUUAAGAACGUGGGCGGUCUUGUUUGUCAGAUGUGUGAUGCUUCCCGAACGGAUGUUCAGGCCCAGACUUACUACGCCCGGAUCAAGAACACCAAACUCUACACCCUCCCGGCCCUGAUUAACCAUUUCAAGAUCAUCCAUUUGUCUCAGAACCCUGGCUGGCUGGAUUGGUUACAGCACAUGAUUAUGAUGCCGGAGAAACUCCUGAUUAACGAUAUCGUGGACGUCCAGGAAGUGAAUGACGAGAAGCUUGGUCUCAUCAAAGCCGCUUUGCCGACCGCAUUUCCCUAUCAUCUACCGAACAUUGACGUGGUUCAAGAUGCCCGUCAAGCCUCUGGACAUGACAGUGGAUAUGGUGCUCGCUUCUUGGAUCGUUUCGUCAAGAAGAGCAAGAAGGGAGAGAAUGCAAACCAGCCAAAGAAGAAGGGCCGAGGCGGUUUCCGUGGCACAGCCACGACAGCUCGUGUAGGGUCUGAUGAAUCCUCGUCGGAGCCCAACGAGCAUGAGUACGAUCCUCGGCGCCCGCUGCAUCUCCCCUCCGACCCAGCUCGUUACGAUACCGACUUUGCCCGUAGAGGCUCUGAUACAACGUCGCCGCUGGCGUCCCAAAACCUGAACCUGCCCCCCGAGACUCUUGCAGCGCUGGGCCAGUUGAGUUCUGCAAUUCAGAGCAAGCAGACGCCACAACUUCAGGGUAGCUAUGGAGCCGACCGGAGCCCGUCCGUAGGAAGGAAGGAUUCUCAAGGGUCGACGGGUCACGCUCCUGCACAACCGGACAUUGCUGCUAUUUUGGCCUCACUCACAGGACAGCCGCAGCCCACGCAAAUGAACACACCACCGGUGCCGAACCCAGGUGCCGGUCCUUCCACUCAACCCUACGGCGCUCACACUCCCAGCUAUCCAGACAAUGCUCACCGCUAUGCUUCCAACCGAGGUUCGGUUGCUCCUCAUUUGCACAACGCCCAGAGCUUCGAGCAGAAUCGCGCGCACUCUUACCUCGAGCCAGCAUAUGUACCGCAGAAUUCUCCCGCUCCCUACACAGCCGUGUACGACCAAGAAGGAAGGCGGUACAUUCCACAAGCCGGGCCCCAGCAUGCUUCAGCCUGGCACUCGGCGCAGCAGCCGAUUCAAGCCUUCCAAACCGUGCCGCUGGAGUAUAACCGCCCUCCGUCUGCAGGCGGACGCGUCAACGUCUAUUCGCCGAGCCCGCCAACUGCACCUGGCUCGGGAUCGACGUACGUUGACGAACUCGGUCGCUCCGUCCGGCUCAUCCCCAUCGAUGGGGAUCCCGCGCAAGUGCAGUACCUUCCGCAUCCGAUGAGACUGCAGUCGCAGCCCCCGCCUCAGCAGUACCAUCCGGGACUUCAGCAUGGCCAGGUUGCGCAGCCGAUGUAUUACCAGUAUCCUGGAGUCCAGCAGCAGUCCCCUCCCGGAAGUGCUGGAGGCGGACAUGCGUACGACCGUCGCUAUUGAUCUUUGCCAUGAAUUCCAUGCUUCUUGCUAUGAAGGAACGCUUUGGAUUGCAGAGAUGGAUAUCGUGCUUUGCCAAGAGAACGAGAGAUGCUUGUAUGACACAUGAGAACGAAUUGCGUAUGGUCCUUUGCGGUUGGACUACUUGAUGUGUGGUAUAAGACGCGCGCAGACUCAAUCCCUAAUGUCGUUACCGUUUCGAAAUUGGUUGACUCGGCGGAUGAUGGGAAGCGCGCGGCCGUGCUGCAGAGACGACGAAGAAGCAUAGAAUAACCUGGCAUAGUUAAUCCACUACUCCACU